AUGGAACAUACCAAUAUCAGUCAUUGUUAUGAGCAAACGCCACCUUCGUCAAGCCUUCCUGCCGGGAAUGUGUCCCCUUCAACUUUAAAAAAACAAAAAAGGCUUGGCCCCGCACCGAUUGCAUCUUUUGAGGAUACCAUGGCUGAGGAGAAAAAUCGAAUGGACACGCCAGGUCAAAGCUAUAAAACCCGCCGGUACAGUUCCAAAGAGACCGACUCUCCAAAAAAACAAUCUCCUUCCAAUACAGUGGGUAGUACAGUUGCACUAGCACCGUCAACACCCCGCAUAGAUAUUAGCAGAGCUUCAUCGCAUUCAUCCCAUCAUGACAGUAGAGACAGCAGUCCAGAAAAUGUAUUUGAUCAGGUCGGCACUGGAACGUUGCAGGAUACUGGUGUACUGGGAUAUAGAGAGGAGGGAGCUAUGGAUCUUCGCAGCUCAACUGAAGAAUUACAGUUUAUGGAACCCGAAAAAGGAAGGACUGAAAGAGAAAAACCACAAGCACCGAGAUACUCGCCUAUCAUGUUCAAAUUGGAUGAGCAACAACAAAUGUCGGUGUAUCAUCAGCGUAAAGAUUCUGCAAGCUCGGAUGUUGCGGCAUUUUUAUGCAUUUCUGGUCGCACUAGCCGAAUAUCGAGUGUGGGUAGUCAAGGAUCAGCAAAUAGUAAGCUUUCCGGUGUAUCUGGCAUCUCUCGAUCACCGUCUCCUCACCGGAUGCUACUGGAAACCUCAUUCUGUGGGCCGAAGCCUUUACAAGGAGCUACUGAUGGUUGCAUUCCAAGUAGCAUCGAACCAAUAACUGCACAAAUGCUUGAACAAGUAAUUUUGUCUAGAAAGAAAGAUCCUACCGAAGCGGUACUAGCUGAAGGUAUUAGCAUAGAAACAACAUUAAUUAGCAGUGGUAUGAAAAGCAAUACAGCUCAUGAAGCAGAGUUAACCAGAAGAAAAUCUGAUAGUAAUGCCAACAUAACUCGAAAAGAAGACAUAAUUCAAAUGCCGCAGACUAGCAGAAGCAUUUCGAAUAAACGUUACAUCCCACCUACAGAUCUAAAUAAACCUAUUAUUGGUGUGAUGCCUAGCGGAACUGAAUACAUAAGAAUAAAACUAAAACCAGAUCACUGCUAUAGCGAUAACGGAAUUGCUGACAAUGAACGUAUUUUAGAUGAUGAUCAAAAAAAGCCAAACUCUCUGAACUUGGAAAAUGCCAACAAGAAAACGCAUGGUUCUGGCGCUAGCCCAAAACCAACCCGUCAGAAUAUAAUUUCCCGAGAAAAUAAUAGCCGGUCCCCAUCACCAGCCAAUACAACAUUUUCAAGAAAAAGCUCAUUCUGUUCAAUUUUUAAACGAAAAGAUUCUGCAAGCCCAGAUUCUCCUAGCGCAAGUCAUGUUAGAAAAAAGAGCAGUUCAACUGUUUCCCAUGAAUUUAGAGAACGAUCGCGCAGUAAAAGCAGAGAACGUGAUCCUACUUCGGUGAAUUCUACGCCUAAUCAACAAAAAUCAGUUUUGGCAAUAUUUAAACCCAAGAAAAAUGGUAUGAAGUCAAAGUCCCCAUCACCAAAUGAUCCAUAUCCUCACAGUGUAGUGGCCAGCACAUCAAAUGUCGACUAUAAAAACAAAAACGAUACGUCUAGUGAAAGUUCGCGAUCCCACCUAAGAUACUAUGAUACACCUUUAGAUGGUAAAAGUAUUCACAUACCUUUACAUACUCCUCCAGAGGAAAAACAUUUGAAAUCUUUGUUGCCGACCCCAGUGCCCAAAUUGAAUACGGAACCAGAAAUAAUUCCUGGGAAAGUAUCUCCUUCCACCCAAUCAGUGAACUUAAGCAAUAACUGUACUGUUACUAUUCAUAAUAGGCCUAAACCAAUGCCCCCUCUCAAAUGCUAUCGAAUAGAAAACCCAGAUGGUAGCAUAACUAUUCCAUUGAAAUCGCCUACAGAGGAAAAAGAACGGGACAGUUUGUGGAGCAUGGAUGUACAACGCAACAGUUCCCAAGAAAGUCAAGAAACUGUUAUUUCUGCUGUGCCUCCGCAACAUAGCAAUACACAAUUGAUCCACACACAUGCCUUACCUUCAUCCAAACUACAAAAUGGGGUUACUCAACCUAAACAAGACGAUGCUGAAUCAGUGUCGCGAGAAAAUUCAAAGGAUAAUGGGUCGGUAAUUGCUAACAUGACUGCCAAAGAAAGAAAACAAUUGCUGUUUUCUAUGAAAAUGGGAUCAGGUAGUCAAGAGCAAGUAUUCACUACACAGUUUAGCAUUUCAAAAACAGAAAGUCAGUGUAGUCAGUUAUCGGAAGCAAUCAAUAACGUAGCAAUUGAACCCGUACCGGCGGAUAGGAAAGAUUCAACGCCAUCUGAUAUAGCAACGGUAGUAUAUCGUAACAAACAACUAGACAAUGUUAAACACAGGAGGACAAAAGAACAAUUCAGUAGGACUGAUAGCUUAUCGGGCGACUCCAUAGACUUUCAUAGACAUUCACGCUAUAUAGAAAAUCCUGAAGAAGUCCUUAGUCUUCAGCAUAAAGAAGAAUUACUCAAACGAGAAAACGAACUACAAGCCACACUUAGUGAAGAGUCUUCUGUCUCAUUGGAAAGUAAGAAUGCGUUAAAAGUGCCCGAUAGAAAGCCAACGGCUUCCAACGAUGAACAAGGAGUUUCUUCAGAAAGUGAAAAAGAUUCUGAAGUAGAUUCUACCACCACGUGUAAACAUAUUCAUUCCAGUAUGUUGGCAAUCGAGGAUCAUGAAAGUGCAGGUUUAGUGUUGCAAGAAUCAUUUGAUGAUGAAUUACCCUAUAUACCUACUACGCUGCCAGAGGAACGAUCAAUAGGUGUAAAGCUAGUUCCAAUGAAGGAACGCGCUCAAAUAGAAAUGAAAACAUGCCCAGUGGAACGACCCAGAUCAACAACACCGAUACAUCCGGCAUCAUUAGAGAAUUACUGUGGUUUUAGUGCAGUUGAGGAUACCGAUAGUAAUCUAGUUCGAGGAGAAAAGCUACGUAUCAGUCUGCCUAAAAAACAUGAUUCAACAGUAGAAAGACCAACGAAGAGUUGGUCUCCGCGUAAGGCAUCUAUUUCAUCUGGCAAGAAUUGGUUCGAAUUUGCGGAACAAGGCAUAGGCAGCACCAAUCAGGCAUUGUCUGCCAGUAGUAGCGAGAAAAAGGUGCCUGUGCAACAAACUAAUGUAGAAGAAGAGCCACCUCCUCUACCACCGCGCAAAGCAGUUCAACAAUGGAUUGACUUUGAAAGUAUUCCAGAAAAACGAAAACAACCAAAACGCAUAACAUCUCUUCGCCAAAAAGAAUCGUCAGUAGAAAACACUGCAAUCACAGAAGUAUUGUAUAAUUAUGUAAAGCCCGAAGAAUGCCAAUGUGAGUGCCAUGAAAGCGAGCGAGAGAGUGGUAAACCACGGCAGUCCAUACCACACAGUGAAAUCGAAGACCAACAACCAUUAUUGCAACAGGACCUGUUGGAUGAAUUCAAUAGAAGGGACGACGAUUCUCUUCAUACUCUACUUAAUCAAGAGAAGGAUGGAACGAAUCCAACUGUUGGUGAUCAACAACUUUAA